AUGGCCAAGCAAUGUUUUGCAUAUUGUUCCAUCUUUGAGAAAGAUACACGCAUGGAAAGGGAAGAACUGGUCCGACUUUGGAUGGCUUUAGGGUUGGUUCAAGCUGAUGAGGAAAACGACAAGGAGAUGGAGGAUGUGGGAAAUGAUAUUUUCCAAAUUUUGGUCAACAAUUCGUUGUUCCAAGAUGUUGAAAGGGAUGAGUACUAUGGUCACAUCACUAAUUGUAGCAUGCAUGAUCUGGUGCAUGAUCUUUCAUUAUCACUUUCAAAACAUGAAAGCUUAUGUCUGGUGGAUGCGACAAAUGCUGAUAUUGCGUGUAUCCCUCAGGUUAAACAUCUGGCUUUUUACCAAGAACAAGAACAGAACAUGGGCGAUGAACUCAAAACCAAGGUUUCUACAUUCAUUGAAAGAAAUCCGGUGGCUAGAACUUUGCAUUCGAUGUUCAUCAAAGUUAGAGUUGAGACAAAAUUUUCAUUGCAACAAUUAAAGUGCAUACGAAUCCUAACACUCAAAGGUCAUAGAAUAGAGAAGUUAGACGACUCAGUUGGCGGGUUGGUGCAUCUCAGGUAUCUUGAUUUGUCAAAUACGGAUAUCAGUGUUCUUCCUAAAUCUAUUGGUAAACUAUACCACUUGCAAACACUGAAGUUGCCUUUUGGCUUUGAGCAGUUUCCAGAAGCAAUGAGAAAUUUGAUAGGCUUGCGGUAUUUCAAGUGUAGCAAAAACAUUCCUGCCAAUAUCAUAGGACAACUGACUUCUCUUAGAAACUUGCCUUCCUUCAGAGUGCUUAGAAGGAAGGGACAUGGUAUUGAAGAGCUACGCCAUUUGAAUAACCUUGGUGGAAAGCUUCGUAUUGGCGGUCUUGAAAAUGUUAGGAGCAAAGAGGAUGCUGUUACGGCGGACUUAUCUAGAAAGAAAAAUUUAUACGAUAUUCAAUUCGAAUGGAGUUGGAACUGUGGAGGUGCCAACGGAAACGGUGAUGAAGAUGCCAACCGAAACUACAAGGAUGUAUUGGAAGGCUUGCAGCCCCCUGGAGAUGUGAAAAUAUUGACAAUUAAAAAUUUUUCCAGUGAUAAUUUUCCGGAAUGGGUAAUGAAAAUGGCAAUCAAUGUCCAUGGGAAAGAGACUCCCCUUGACAAGCUCGUGAAGAUCAGAUUAGAUAGAUGUCGCAGCUGCCUCUCUCUUCCGACGCUUGAGGACCUACCACAUCUUCGGGAUCUUGAGUUGGAGCAUAUGGACAGUUUGACAUGCUUAAGGAGUUCCGAUGUUACUGGAUCAAGCAGGCCUUUGUCUCCAUCCUUGAGAUCGCUCCGACUAAAAUAUAUGGAAAGACUGGAAAAGUGGAUAGAUGGAGCAACCAACUGCUCCAAAAUGAUAUCUCCUGUCCUUGUGAAGUUGGUGAUUGUUCAUUGCCCAAAGAUUAUUCUCUUAGAUGAAUGCCAUCCCCAUCCUCUUGUUUCCUUAAAGAUUAGAGAUUGCAAUGGUCUGGUGUCCAUUAAGAGCAUACAAGGCCUCACAUCUCUUGCAUCUUUUUCUAUCCAGAGCUGCCCUAGUCUUUUAGGAAUAGCCAAUCUUUCUGGUGAUAAUUACCUGGCAUCAGUAACGAAGAUGGCAAUCGAUGUCGAAGCAAAAUGGACGCCCCUCGACAAGCUCGUGAAGAUGACAUUAUAUAACUGUAGGAACUGCCUCUCUUUUCCGACGCUUGAGCACCUACCACAUCUUCGGGAUCUUGAGUUGGAACAUAUGGACAGCUUGACAUGCUUAAGGAGUUCUGCUGUUACCGGAUCAACCAAGCCUUUGUGUCCAUCGUUGAGAUCGCUCCGACUAAUACAUAUGGAAAGACUGGAAAAGUGGAUAGAUGGAGCACCCAACAGCUCAAAAAUGAUAUCCCCUGUCCUCGAGAAGUUGGAGAUUACUUAUUGCCCAAAGGUUUUUCUCUUAGAUGAAUACCAUCCUCAUCCUCUUGUUUCCUUAAUCAUCCAAAACUGCUAUGGUCUGGAGUACAUUAAGAGCAUACAAGGCCUCACAUCUCUCGUGUCUUUAGAUAUUUUCUCAUGUCCUAGUCUUUUAGAAAUAACCAAUUUGCCCAAACAGUGUCAUUCUUUGAAGACUUUGCAAAUUACCGAUUGCAACAAACUGACUUACUUGCCUCUCAAAAUGUUCGAUUGUUAUUCCUUCCUAAAUGAGUUGAGAGUUGGUCCGUUCUCAAAGGAGCUCGAUUCUUUCCCGAGUCUCCAAGGCAUCGAGAAGUUAAGGAACCACCUUCAUUCAUUAAAUUUGAAAGGUUGGGAUGAUUGGGAGUCAAUUCCAGAAGAAAUACAGCACCUCACUUCACUGACUAAGUUAACCUUAGUAAGAUUCGGAAUACCAAAAGUGCCUAUGUGGUUAACCAACAUGUCAUCUAUCCGAUAUUUGAGCUUCUAUGACUGCAAUCGGCUAAACAAAGAAACAGUUAGACGGGGAGCGCCACGGGAAGCAACAGUUGUCGAACUAAAUAAUGUAAAGUGUUAA